UGUGUGGAGACAUCCACGGUCAGUUCUUUGACCUGAUGAAGCUGUUUGAGGUGGGCGGUUCCCCCGCGACGACGCGCUACCUCUUCCUAGGGGACUACGUGGACCGGGGCUACUUCAGUAUUGAAGUGAGGGCACACUACAGUACCUAGUACACACUAUCUAGUACACACUAUCUAGUGCACACUACCUAGUCCACACUAUCUAGUGCACACUACGUAGUCCACACUAUCUAGUGCACACUACCUAGUCCGCACUAUCUAGUGCACACUACGUAGUCCACACUAUCUAGUGCACACUACCUAGUCCACACUAUCUAGUGCAUACUACCUAGGGAAACAAUACCCUGCAUAUUUCCUAGGGACACACUACCUAGUGCACACUAGCUACUGCAUACUUACCUAGAGGCACACUACUUUCUGCAUACUAAGAAGUGUUUAACCAGGUAACUUUGAAUCUAGGACUUUGAGCCUGACAUUUACAUUUACAUUUUAGUCAUUUAGCAGACGCUCUUAACCAGAGCGACUUACAGGAGCAAUUAGGGUUAAGUGCCUUGCUCAAGGGCACAUUAACGUCAUUUAGCAGACGCUCUUAGCCAGAGCGACUCACAAAUUGGUGCGUUCACCCUAUAGCCAGUGGGAUAACCACUUUACAAUUUGGGGGGGGGGGGGGUUAGAAGGAAUACUUUAUCCUAUCCCAGGUAUUCCUUAAAGAGGUGGGGUUUCAAAUGUCUCCGGAAGGUGGUGAGUGACUCCGCUGUCCUGGCGUCGUGAGGGAGCUUGUUCCACCAUUGGGGUGCCAGAGCAGCGAACAGUUUUGACUGGGCUGAGCGGGAGCUAUGCUUCCGCAGAGGAAGGGGAGCCAGCAGGCCAGAGGUGGAUGAACGCAAUGUCUCGUUUGGGUUGUAGGGACUGAUCAGAGCCUGAAGGUACAGAGGUGCCGUUUCCCCUCACUGCUCCAUAGGCAAGCACCAUUUGUAGCGGAUGCGAGCUUCAACUGGAAGCCAGUGGAGUGUGCGGAGGAGGGGGGUGACGUGAGAGAACUUGGGAAGGUUGAACACCAGACGGGCUGCGGCAUUCUGGAUGAGUUGUAGGGGUUUAAUGGCACAGGCAGGGAGCCCAGCCAACAGCGAGUUGCAGUAGUCCAGACAUCAAAUGAGUAGCUAACUGGUCAUUUUUUCCUCAGAGCUGUACUGUUACUGACGGAUCUUUCUGUGUUCUCUCUCGCCUCUCUUAGUGUGUGUUGUAUCUGUGGUCGUUGAAAAUCCUCUACCCAAAGACGUUAUUUCUUCUACGGGGAAACCAUGAAUGUAGACACCUGACAGAAUAUUUCACUUUCAAAACUGAAUGUGAGUAUUUGCCCACUGGGCACAGACGUCAAUUCAUCGUCUACACUCUUAGAUUUUAUUUUUCUAAAAGGGUUCUUUGGCUUUCCCCAUAGGAGAUACCUUUUUGGUUCCAGUUAGAACCCUUUUUGGUUUCAGGUAGAACCGUUUUGGAUUUCAUGUAGAACCCUCUGUGGAAAGGGUUCUUCAUGAAACCCAAAAGGGUCCUACCUGGAGCCAAAAAGGGUUCUUCAAAGGGUUCUCCUAUGGGGACAGCCAAAGAACCAUGUUAGGGUCAAGAUAGCACCUUUUUUUCUAAGAGUGUAUUCCACGUUGGUUCAACAUAAUUUCCUUGAAAUUAGGUAGAAACGUUGAUUCAACCAGUGUGUGUCCAGUGGGUGUGUUCUCUCCCUCUUCCUGUAUCCUCCCUUUCCUCCCCUCCCUUAAUACUAGCUUUGUCACGAUCGUCGGGAACAGAUGAGGACCAAGGCGCAGCGUUGCAGACGAACAUACUCUUUAUUAGUGAUACACGACCAAAACAACAAAACAAUAACGUGACAGUCAACGGUCUAACACAAACCAACUAGAACAAGAUCCCACAACUAUUGUGGGAAAACAGCCUCUAUAAAUAUGGCUCCCAAUCAGAGACAACCAGCAACAGCUGACACUCGUUGCCUCUGAUUGGGAACCACUCUGGCCAACACAGAAAUACAAAACUAGAUCGUGAACAUAGAAACAAAACACAUAGAAACUACACACCCUGGCUCAAACUAUAGAGUCCCCAGAGCCAGGGUGUGACAGUAGCCCCCCCCAAAGGCGCGGACUGCGACCGCGACUCAACAAAACCCAAACAGGGGAGGGCUGGGUGGGCAUUCCUCCUCGGAGGCGGUUCCGGCUCCGGGCUUUCCCACCCCCCUCCAAUAAUCCCCCCGUAACGCCCCUGGUCCGGUCUGGCCCCGCUGGCUGGAGCUGGACUGGACAUCGAAGGAGCGGAUUGCUUAAGCUCCGGUGUGGAGCAGCUGACCGGUACCUGAUCAGGCACCGGUGACCCAGGCACGGGUUGUGCCGGACUGACGACGCGCACCCCUGGCUUGGUGCGUGGAGCAGCAACGGGCCGGACCGGGCUGACGAUGCGCACCCCUAGCUUGGUGCGUGGAGCAGGAAUGGGCCGGACCGGGCUGACGAUGCGCACCCCUGGCUUGGUGCGUGGAGCAGGAACGGGCCGGACCGGGCUGACGAUGCGCACCCCUGGUUUGGUGCGUGGAGCAGCAACGGGCUGGACCGGGCUGACGAUACGCACCCCUGGCUUGGUGCGUGGAGCAGGAACAGGCCGGGCCGGGCUGGCGACGCGCACCGUAGGCUUGGUGCGAGUGGCAGGAACAGACCGGGCCGGGCUGGCGACGCGCACCAUAGGCUCGGUGCGGGGAGCAGGAACAGGCCGGACCGGGCUGGCGACGCGCACCAUAGGCUCGGUGCGGGGAGCAGGAACAGGCCGGGCCGGGCUGGCGACGCGCACCAUAGGCUUGGUGCGGGGAGCAGGAGCAGGCCGGGCCAGGCUGGCGACGCGCACCAUAGGCUCGGUGCGGGGAGCAGGAACAGGCCGGGCCGGGCUGACGACACGCACCACAGGCUCGAUGCGAGGAACAGGAACAGGCCGGACCGUACUGGGGACACACACCACUGGCCCUACGCAGGGAUCAGGAACGGGCCGGACCGGACUGGUAACACACCCCAGUACCUCUCGCCGUGCCUCCACACUUUCCCUCUCCUCUGUGACCAGUGGCCCCCUUAACCUGGCGGCCUCCUCUGCACACCCGCUGGACCGCUCCAUCACGGCCUCCUGCUGCCCCGUCGUCCACGGCGUGAGCCCCCCCCUAAAAAUUUUCUGGGGGUCUCUCCUCCCCGUGGACCAGGCCUCCCUAGUUCUCGCCAGACUCUCACCCCACUGCUCCAAAGUCCAACCUCUCUGCUCUUCACUUGGCUUGGCCCAGUCGAGACUCUUAAUCCACUGCUCCAUAGUCCAACCUCUCUGCUCUUCACUUGGCUUGGCCCAGUCGAGACUCCUACUCCACUGAUCCCAAGUCCUUCCUCUCUCCUCUUCACGCUGCUUGGUCCAGUUUUGGUGGGAUCUUCUGUCACGAUCGUCGGGAACAGAUGAGGACCAAGGCGCAGCGUUGCAGACGAACAUACUCUUUAUUAGUGAUACACGACCAAAACAACAAAACGAUAACGUGACAGUCAACGGUCUAACACAAAUCAACUAGAACAAGAUCCCACAACUAUUGUGGGAAAACAGCCUCUAUAAAUAUGGCUCCCAAUCAGAGACAACCAGCAACAGCUGACACUCGUUGCCUCUGAUUGGGAACCACUCUGGCCAACACAGAAAUACAAAACUAGAUCGUGAACAUAGAAACAAAACACAUAGAAACUACACACCCUGGCUCAAACUAUAGAGUCCCCAGAGCCAGGGUGUGACAAGCUUCCUGGCUUCUCCGUUGUUUCAUCUCUCACAUCCAUUUCUCAUCCAAUGCUCAUUCCAUCCUCUCAUCCAUCCAUCCUCUCUCUCUCUCUUCCCAUCCUCCCCUCUGUCUCUCCUCUGGUUUUGGAUCACAGUGCCCCGUCAGAGAACAGGUGAUUACCAGGAAAUUAAUUUGGCCCUUAAUGAUUGGCCCAGGGACGUAGUCUGCUGUGUGUGAUUGGCCAGGGGACGAGGAGUCUAAUUUCCCCUGAUGCUUAUGGCGAAUAGUGGUCGCCCUCAAUUACCAUCUGCUGUGUGUGUGUGUGUGUGUUUGUGUGUGUGUGUGUGUUAGAGAGAGGGGGAGGGAGAGAGAGAGGCUGGUGAACUGGUAUUAAUGAUCUCUCUCUACAUUAAUUAUCUCUCUGACAAACACAAUCACAAAAACACACACACACCUUACACAUGUACAUACACAUACCUUACACAUGUACACACACAUACCUUACACAUGUACACACACAUACACAGCAUAGUUUGGCUACUGACCUACCUCUCUCUCUCUCUCUCUCUCUCUCUCUCUCUCUCUCUCUCUCUCUCUCUCUCUCUCUCUCUCUCUCUCUCUCUCUCUCUUCUCUUUCUUCUUUCUCUCUCUCUCUCUUCUCUCCUCUUUCUCUAUCGCUCUCUCAUAUUGACUGUGCCUCUCUCUCUCGCUCUCUCUCUCUCUCUCUCUCUCUCUCUCUCUCUCUCUCUCUCUCUCUCUCUCUCUCUCUCUCUCUCUCUCUCUCUCUCUCUCUCUCUCUAUGUCCCCCCAUCCUUUCUCUCUGCCCCCCUCCUCUCUCUCCCCUCCCCCUUUUCAGGUAAGAUAAAGUACUCUGAGCAGGUGUAUGACUCAUGUAUGGAUGCGUUUGACUGCUUGCCGCUGGCUGCUCUGAUGAACCAGCAGUUCUUGUGUGUCCAUGGAGGGCUCUCGCCAGAGAUCCACACGCUUGACGACAUCAAAAAGGUUUUUAUAGCACACAAACACACACAUGCUGUUAAUGCCCUGGUUACCAUGGAGAUUCAACCCUUGGUUUGACUCCACUUCCUGUACAGUAUAUGCUGUUGUCUCUCUCUCUCUCUCUCUCUCUCUCUCUCUCUCUCUCUCUCUCUCUCUCUCUCUCUCUCUCUCUUUCUCUCUCUCUCUCUCUCUCUCUCUCUCUCUCUCUGUUAUUUCUGUGUGUUCUGGUUCUUUCUGUAGUUCAGUUGAACAGGUUCAAAGAACUGCCUUCAUCUCUCUCUGUGUUCUGGUGUAGAUAGGAAUUUAUUGUAUCUAUACAGUGUAUGCAUAUGUUGUGUUGUCUUUGUCUCUGUAAUCCAGUUGGACAGGUUCAAGGAGCCUCCAGCAUUCGGGCCCAUGUGUGACCUGCUGUGGGCCGACCCGCUCGAGGACUUUGGCAACGAGAAGACACAAGAGUACUUCGGCCACAACACAGUCAGGGGCUGCUCCUACUUCUACAGGUAAUCACAGGUUUUAACAUGACAAUGCACACAGACACCAAUACGGAUACACACGCACACACUUGCACUCAGACACUCGCACACCCGCAUACACACACCACACACACACACACACACGUCCGGAGCAUCUUUAGGUGUGAUAUACAGGAGAAAGGUGAGGAACAAAGUACUGGAUGUGAGAUGAGAAAUGUGUUGUACUAGUAGACUACAAGCUGCUUCAGAGAUCCAACAACCAAAGAAUAAUUGGGAUUUGUGUAACAGCUGUAAUAUUGGCCAGUUAUCUCACAGAACCACACACAUGUUUCAGCUUAAACCAUAUCCCACAAUCCCUAGGGAGACUGCACCAUUCUGUUUCCAUGACGACUGGCUACUACUGCUAGAUUGGGGAUUGAUAUUAAGAUACAGUGAGGGAAAGAGAGCUUGAGAGAGAGGGGGAGUGAGGGAGAAAAAAGAGAUGAAUAAAAUGAGAGACCAGAGGAAUGGAGUGAUGAAUAGUUGAGACGGUCGUCAUAAUAUGGUGCUAUACAAUAUGGAGCCCACACUACAGUCUACUGAGAGAAAAAUACACUGCGCUCCUACUACUACCUGUCCAGACCUAUGGCUGUCUCGAUGGGGUGCCACAGGGUUCAAUUCUCGGGCCGACUCUAUUCUCUGUGUAUAUCAAUGAUGUCGCUCUUGCUGCUGGUGACUCUCAGAUCCACCUCUACGCAUACGACACCAUUUUGUAUACAUCUGGCCCUUUAUUGGACACUGUGUUAACAAACCUCCAAACGAGCUUCAAUGACAUACAACACUCCUUCUGUAGCCUCCAACUGCUCUUAAACACUAGUAAAACUAAAUGCAUGCUCUUCAAUCGAACGCUGCUGGCACCCGCCCACCCGACUAGAAUCACUACUCUCGACGGGUCUGACCUAGAGUAUGUGGACAACUACAAAUACCUAGGUGUCUGGUUAGACUGUAAACUCUCCUUCCAGACUCACAUUAAGCAUCUCCAAUCCAAAGUUAAAUCUAGAAUCGGCUUCCUAUUUUGCAACAAAGCCUCCUUCACUCAUGCUGCCAAACAUGCCCUCGUAAAACUGACUAUCCACCGAUCCUUGACUUCGGCGAUGUCAUUUACAAAAUAGCCUCCAACACUCUACUCAGCAAAUUGGAUGUAGUCUAUCACAGUGCCAUCCGUUUUGUCACCAAAGCCCCAUAUACUACCCACCACUGUGACCUGUACGCUCUUGUUGGCUGGUCCUCACUACAUAUUCGUUGCCAAACCCACUGGCUCCAGGUCAUCUAUAAAUCACUGCUAGGCAAAUCCCCGCCUUAUCUUAGCUCAUUGGUCACCAUAGCAACACCCACCCGUAGUAUGCGCUCCAGCAGGUAUAUCUCACUGGUCAUCCCCAAAGCCAACACCUCCUUUGGCCGCCAUUCCUUCCAGUUCUCUGCUGCCAAUGACUGGAACGAACUGCAAAAAUCUCUGAAGCUGGAGACUCUUAUCUCCCUCACUAACUUUAAGCAUCAGUUGUCAGAGCACCUUACCGAUCACUGCACCUGUACACAGCCCAUCUGAAAUUAGCCCACCCAACUACCUCAUCCCCAUAUUGUUAUUUAUUUUGCUUAUUUGCAACCCAGUAUCUCUAUUUGCACAUCAUCUCUUGCACAUCUAUCAUUCCAGUGUUAAUACUAAAUUGUAAUUAUUUUGCACUAUGUCCUAUUUAUUGCCUUACCUCCAUAACUUGCUACAUUUGCACACACUGUAUAUAUAUUUUCUGUUGUAUUUUUGACUUUAUGUUUUGUUUACCCCAUAUGUAACUCUGUGUUGUUGUUUUUAUCGCACUGCUUUGCUUUAUCUUGGCCAGGUCGCAGUUGUAAAUGAGAACUUGUUCUCAACUGGCUUACCUGGUUAAAUAAAGGUUAAAUAAAAAAUAAAUAAAAAAAUAGAUGUUUCUGCUGUUCAUUUUGGGCUCAAUGAUGACCCCUGGUGGUCAUUCAAUGUAAGCUGUUUCAGAGUAGGCAUACUAUCCCAGUCUGUAAAAUGCAGGGUUGUUCAGAAUAGAAACUCUCUCUCUCUCCAGUUACCCUGCCGUGUGUGAGUUUCUACAGACCAACAACUUGUUGUCGGUCAUCAGAGCACAUGAAGCGCAAGAUUCUGGGUAAGAGAAGCCCUACUUCUUCUUUGGUUAUUGACAAAACACUGUUAUUCUUCACAUGGCAAGUGACAGGGUGACAGUAAAGGACUCUAAUUUAAUGUAUUAUGUUUAAAACAUUCACCUGUCUACCCCAGUGUGUGUUGAUCCGGGGCUGGAGAUGUGGGUUAAGUGUUUGGGGGGUGGGGAUAGGGGUUGUUAUGUCAACCAAAACAGCAGCAUAAGGUUUCAUAAUCAAAUCAGUCCAUUUAUAAUCACAGCUAUCCAUAGUCAAGGCUAACCUUAACCACACAACAACCAUAUCUUUAACCCUACACCCAAUCUAUGUAAUCCUAACCCUAACCCUAAUCCUAAUCUGUAUUCCCUGACUGUGUCCCUGUUCAGGUACCGGAUGUACAGAAAGAGUCAGACUACAGGCUUCCCCUCCCUCAUCACCAUCUUCUCAGCACCUAACUACCUGGACGUCUACAACAACAAAGGUUAGACGCGUACACGCACACACACACGCACACGUGUACACGCACACACACGCGUACACGCACACACGCGUACACGCACACACACACCAGUAGGCUAUCAGUGUGUAACAGUCCUCUCUCAUUCUCUCAUAGCGGCGGUGCUGAAGUAUGAGAACAAUGUGAUGAACAUCCGUCAGUUCAACUGUUCCCCUCAUCCCUACUGGCUGCCCAACUUCAUGGACGUCUUCACCUGGUCCCUGCCCUUCGUUGGAGAGAAAGGUGGGAAAAACGACUAGACGUAUUACAAACACCAGAAUAAUAUGUUCUCUGAAUAUGUUCUCUCUCUUAUUUUGUCUCUGUCUUUGCCUGUCUUUCUCUCUCUCUUUCUCUCGCUCAUAUUGACUGUGCCCCCUCUCUCUCUCUCUCUCUCUCUCUCUCUCUCUCUCUCUCUCUCUCUCUCUCUCUCUCUCUCUCUCUCUCUUUCUAUCUUUCCACAGUGACAGAGAUGCUAGUGAAUGUUCUCAGUAUCUGUUCAGAUGAUGAGCUCAUGGAGAAUGAUGGAGAGGAAGAGGUCUAUGAUGGUAAUCAUACCUUUAUAGAGCUUGCCAGCUUGUAGUCCUAAAAACCAAUGAGUUACCUCUGGUCCGUUCAGGGGGAAAGAAUAGGGUUUUAGGAAAAAAUGCCAAAAAUAAGGUCUUAGGUUAACACAGGUUUAGGAGAUCUUAUACGUGUUGAUUGGUUGGUUCCAGUUCACUAUUGUUAUGUCAAUAUAACCUUCCUUUUCACGUUCUUUUGAUUGGUGUCCUGUGUUUUACACCUCUGUGAUUGGUUGCUUCCAGCCAAUGCAGCGGCGGCUAGGAAAGAGGUGAUCAGGAACAAGAUCCGUGCCAUCGGGAAGAUGGCCAAAAUGUUCCAAGUUUUACGGUGAGUGAGCUUCAGUGUGUGUGUGUCUGUGUGUGUGUGUGUGUGUCUGUGUGAACAAUUGCGUAGGUCUCUGUGUAUGAGCAUAUUUUUUUUGUAUGUGUGUGCGCAGAUGCAUGUGAGAGUGUGUAUGCUAGUGUGUGUGUGUCUGUGUGUUUUUAAUCCUCUAUGUGUGUGUGUAUCUGUGUUUUAGGGAGGAGAGUGAGAACGUAUUGACCCUGAAGGGACUGACACCCACUGGCAUGCUGCCCAGCGGAGUUCUGUCAGGAGGCAAGCAGACUCUGCAGAGCGGUGAGUACACACACACACACACACACACACACAACACACACACACACGUAACACACACACACACACACACACACACACACACACUCACACACACAUUCCCACUUUCUCACACACAUUUGCAUACACACACUAUCUAUAUACACACACACUAUCUAUCUAUCCACCCCUCUCUUUUCCUUCCUUUCCUUUCCUCUGUCACCCUCUCUCACUCUCUCUCUCUCUCUCUCUCCUCUCUCUCUCUCUCUCUCUCUCCCUCUCUCUCUCUAUCCCAUUUUCGUCCUCUGUUCACCCUCUCUCUCUCUCUCCUCUCUCUCUCUCUCUCUCUCUCUCUCUCUCUCUCUCCUCUCUCUCUCUCUGUCUCUUUAUCUCUCUGUCUCUUUAUCCCAUGUUCAUCCUCUGUCACCCUCUCUCUCUCUCCCUCUCUCUCUCUCUCUAUCCCAUGUUCGUCAUCUGUUACUCACCACGUCAGUCAGUGUCACCCUCACCUCACUACUGCUGAGGAGUACUAAUAGCCUGGUAUGUGUGAGUGUGAGCUAACGCUAGCUACCAAACAUGCUAACAUGCUAACACCAAACGCCCUCUGCACUGAAGGCUGCAGUGCCGCUCUAAGGGUUUUGCAUGAAUAACCCUCACCCUCCUCCCUCUUUCUCUCUCCCUCACUUUCUCCUUCACUCUCUAUCUUUCUCACACUCUCACUCCCUCUCUCUCUUUCUCUCUUUCUCUCCAUCCUCAGCUACCAUUGAGGCCAUUGAAGCCAUCGAUCCUGUUGAGGACGCAGAAGGUAAAUUCCACUCAUGCAUCAACAAUGAGAGUAAGCGAGUGAGUGUGUGAGAGAAUGAAAGAGGUUGAGAAAGAGGCGGAUGAGGCAUGGCGAUCCAUCUACGCCAUACACUUACCCACAAUGCAUUGAGCUCUUCUAACAGCACAGCUCAUGGUGAAGCCUGACUGCUCUUAUUCUUUCUCCUCACGCACGCACGCGCGCACGCACGCGCGCGCGCGCACGCACACACACACACACACACACACACACACACACAGACACACAGACACACACACACUGCCCUCUACACACUCCACACACAAACACAUACACACUCCCCUCUAUAUAUUCCCCACACACACACUCCCCUCUACACACUCCUCACACACACACACACACACACACACACACACACACACACACACACACACACACACACACACACUCCCCUCUACACACUCCUCACACACACACACAAACACACAAACGGUAAAACAGUGGCUAAACAUGAGUGUGUAUCGGCUGGGGGAGGACUCUGAUCCUAUGAUAACUCUAACAUCGUCCCUACACAAUGACAUCAUCCCUACACAACCUCUGCUAUUUGCUUUCGGUACAAUAACAUGUGCUGUGUGGAGCCUGUGGAGUUUUGCAUUGGAAAAGUGAGGUUCCAUGAUGAUACACAUUGUUAACACAUGAACACUACAAUCUUUAUGUAGACUGUCAGUCGCUUGUAGGCUACUGUUGAAUCUUGAUACUUAUAAGUCUGGAAGAAUAGGGAUUGUUAGUGUGUAAAUUAUGUCUGUAAGUGUUCAGUAUAUUUUGUUUGUGUGCUCUGUUUGUACUGGCCUAGCUGUUGUGUGUAUUUAUAAGGCUUGUGUGUAGUAACUAGUAGGGUUGGGCGGUAUCCAGAUUUUCAUAUCGUCAUACCGUCCUUUCUCAUCCCGGGAUAUACGGUAUUACCGGUUUAAUACACAAGGGGGUGCCAAAAAAAGCUAAAAAGCCCAUUGAGUGUCUAUUACCAGAAUGCUAACAAAAUUAGCACAGGUAAUAGCGAAUUUCCAUGGAGGCUGCUAGCUAAAUAUGCUAACGAGCGCAAACAAAAAUAAAUUAAUUGCAAAGAAAGGCAAUCCAGCUCAUAAAGGUAUACAUACAGUGCAUUCGGAAAGUAUUCAGACCCCUUGACUUUUUUCACAUUUUGUUACGUUACAGCCUUAUUCUAAAAUUAAUUAAAUAAAUAAAAAUCCUCCUCAAUCUACACACAGACUAUUUGCAUUGACCCCCCCCCCCUUUUCUUUACGCUGCUGCUACUCGCUGUUUAUUAUCUAUGCAUAGUCACUUUACCCCUACCUACAUGUACAUAUUACCUCAAUUACCUCGACUAACAUGUACUAUUUUUUUACAUUUUAGUCAUUUAGCAGACGCUCUUAUCCAGAGCGACUUACAGUUAGUGAGUGCAUAAAUUUUUUCAUCCCCCCGCACAUUGACUCGGUACCGGUAACCCCUGUAUAUAGCCUCUUUAUUGUUAUUUUAUUGUUGCUCUUUUAUUUUUUACUUAGUUUAUUUAGUAAAUCUUUUUCUUAACUCUUAUUUGUCUUAAAACUGCAUUGUUGGUUAAGGACUUGUAAGUAAGCAUUUCACGGUAAGGUCUACACCUGUUGUAUUCGGCACAUGUGACAAAUGAAAUGUGAUUUGAUUUGAUUUGAAUACCCCAUAAUGACAAAGCGAAAACUGGUUUUUAGAAAUGUUUGCAAAUGUUUUCAAAAUAAAAAACGGAAAUACCGGAUUUACAUAAGUAUUCAGACCCUUUGCUAUGAGACUCAAAAUUGAGCUCAGGUGCAUCCUGUUUCCAUUGAUCAUCCUUGCGAUGUUUCUACAACUUGAUUGGAGUCCACCUGUGGUAAAUUAAAUUGAUUGGACAUGAUUUGGAAAGGCACACAUCUGUCUAUAUGAGGUCCCACAGUUGACAGUGCAUGUCAGAGCAAACACCAAGCCAUGAGGUCGAAUAAAUUGUCAAUAGAGCUCCAAGACAGGAUUGUGUCGAGGCACAGAUCUGGGGAAGGGUACCAAAAAAUUUCUGCAGGAUUGAAGGUCCCCAAGGACACAGUGGCCUCCAUCACACUGACAGAGCUCCAGAGUUCCUCUAUGGAGAUGGGAGAACCUACCAGAAAGACAACCAUCUCUGCAGCACUCCACCAAUCAGGCUUUUACGGUAGAGUGGCCAGACGGAAGCCACUCCUCAGUAAAAGGCACAUAACAGCCCGCUUGGAGUUUGCCAAAAGGCACCUAAAGAACUCUGACCAUGAGAAACAAGAUUCUCUGGUCUGAUGAAACCAAGAUUGAACUCUUUGGCCUGAAUGCCAAGCAUCACAUCUGGAGGAAACCUGGCGCCAUCCCUACGGUGAAGCAUGGUGGUGGCAGAAUCAUGCUGUGGAGAUGUUGUUCAGCGGCAGGGACUGGGAGACUAGUCAGGAUCGAGGGAAAGAUGAACGGAGCAAAGUACAGAGAGAUCCUUGAUGUAAACCUGCUCCAGAGCACUCAGGACCUCAGACUGGGGCGAGGAUUCACCUUCCAACAGGACAACAACCCUAAGCACACAGCCAAGACAACGCAGGAGUGGCUUCAGGACAAGUCUCUGAAUGUCCUUGAGUGGCCCAGCCAGAGCCCGGACUUGAACCUGAUCUAACAUCUCUGGAGAGACCUGAAAAUAGCUGUGCAGCGACUCUCCCCAUCUAACCUGACAGAGCUUGAGAGGAUCUGUAGAGAAGAAUGGGAGAAACUCCCCAAAUACAGGUGUGCCAAGCUUGUAGCGUCAUACCCAAGAAGAAUCGACGCUGUAAUCACUGCCAAAGGUGCUUCAACAAAGUAUUGAGUAAAGAGUCUGAAUACUUAUGUAAAUGUCAUAUUUAAGUUUUUUAUUUUUAAUACAUUUGCAAAAAUGUCUAAAAUCAAGAUAGCAGCUGUACAGACUUCUCAAACAUGGCAGAAAGCUAACACAACAUGAUGCCCGUCUCCUUAUUAAUUCAGCCACUUACUGAGAUAAUGCAACCCUUAACUUUAACUUGCUAGUUAAUGCAGAAUGCUGCGUUUUUCACACAGAAACAAUAUAAAACGCAUAAGAAAUAUCUUUCUGCAUUUUGUAAACGCAGAUCUAAAAUGCUUCUUAUUGUAAUUUCUGCUCGGUAUCAGACUAAUGUUGUGCUUCAGUUGCACUUCUCCACUCGGAUGACAGAGCUCUGACUGAUGUGUAGCUACUUUUCUCUGGUACUUUUCCGUUUAGACUGCUUUUCUCCGGUAUAAUACAAGAUUAAGUUUAAGCAAAACAUUAGGAAAUGUAGCUGGCUAUAUUCUUUCUAUGAUAAACAUUAGAAAUAUGAUGGCCAUGCAUCGUUUUUCCAAAAAAGACCUUGCUUUUUCAGUGUAAGCUCAUUUACUUGUGCGGCUGCCAGACAAAUAGCGUUACACUUCUGUUGUCAUCUGAUAAAAAUUAAGCUAUUUUCUGCCGAAUGUGUUGCACUAAUGUAUACUGAACUAAAAUAUAAAUGCAACUUGCAACAAUUUCAACUACUUUACUGAGUUACAGUUCAUAUAAGAAAAUCAGUCAAUUGAAAUACAUUCAUUAGGCCCUAAUCUAUGGAUUUCACAUGACUGGGCAGGGGCGUAGCCAUGGGUGGGCCUGGGAGGGCAUAGGGCCACCCACUUGGGAGCCAGGCUCAGCUAAUCAGUAUGAGUUUUUCCCCACAAAAAGGCUUUAUUACAGACAGAAAUACUCCUCCGUUUUAUAAGCUGUCCGGGUGGCUGGUCUCAGAUGAUCCCACAGGUGUAGAAGCUGGAUGUGGAGGUCAUGGGCUGGCGUGGUUACACGUGGUCUGCGGUUGUGAGGCCGGUUGGACGUACUGCCAAAUUCUCUAAAACGACGUUGGACACAACUUAUGCUAGAUAAAUGAACAUUAAAUUCUCUGGCAACAGCUCUGGUGGACAUUCCUGCAGUCAGUAUGCCAAUUGUGCGCUCCCUCAAAAUGUAGACAUCUGUGGCAUUGUGUUGUGACAAAACUGCACAUUUUAGUGGCCUUUUAUUGUCCCCAGCACAAGGUGCACCUGUGUAAUGAUCAUGCUGUUUAAUCAGCUUCUUGAUAUGCCAAACCUGUCAGGUGGAUGGAUUAUCUUGGCAAAGGAGAAAUGCUCACUAACAGGGAUGUAAACAAAUAUGUGCACAAAAUUUGAGAGAAAUAAGCUUUUUGUGUGUCUAGAAAAUUUCAGGGAUCUUUUAUUUCAUCUCAUGAAACAUGCUAUAGUGCUAUAAAGAACACUUUCCUAAGGUUCUAUAAAGAACGUGAGUCAUAAAUAACCGUCACUGGCCAUAGUCAUAUUUAACAUGUAAUGGCAUAACACAACUGAUAGACUGGAAUGACACUCUCAAUCACGGUUGAAACGGAGCUGUGAGCAAACCAAGCUCCAAAAUAUUCGAAUGAGCCGACGCCCCUACAUUUUAAUUGUCACUAAAAGAGGAAAGAACCCUUUUCUGAACUGCAAAGAACUACUGAAUGGCUCAAACAAUUCUUUGAGUCAUUAUGGUCCCACAUAGAACCAUCACGCUUCCCAAAGAACACUCAUUUCUUAGUGUGUAGCAACUGCAUUGUAACUACAUUGUAUGUGUGUAUUACAUGUGUGUGUAAUUGUGUUGUGAUCUGUCUCCCCAGCGAUCCGAGGCUUCUCUCCUCAACAUAAGAUCAAUAGCUUUGCGGAGGCCAAGGGUCUGGACCGGAUCAACGAGCGCAUGCCCCCCCGCCGUGACGCCGUCAAC